CAAAUAUCCCACUGCUCCCCAUGCUACCAUUUAUCUUCUUUCUUCUUUAUUCUUUUCUCCGCGGUAUAUUCUCACUGGAAUCUUUUGUUAGCGUUUUUGUUAUGGAAGGAUUGCAGUUGCAAUGUGAUGGUAGCUAGCUGCUGAAUUUCAGAAAAGUUUAUGCAAGGGAGGACCUGAAAGAUGGACACGGCAAGGCUGGAUUUGAGGUUGAAACAAUCUGGAUCAGCACAAUCAGAGGAAUCCGCACUGGAUUUGGAAAGAAAUGGCUGUGAUCCUCUUAAUCUGCACUCAACGAGCCCUCCGCCAUUGCAAACCACUGCAAGCAAUCAGAUCUCCGAGAGCAGCGCAGCUUACUUCUCAUGGCCGAGCCAAUUGGGUGCUGUUGAGAGGGCGAAUUACUUUAAGAAUCUUCAGAAGAGGGUUUUGCCGGAAACCCAUGGACGGCUUCCGCGCGGAGAGCAGGCCUCGACGUUGCUUGAUCUCAUGACCAUUAGAGCAUUCCAUAGCAAAAUCCUUCGCCGGUUUAGUCUCGGAACCGCCAUUGGAUUUCGCAUCAGGCGUGGUGUUUUGACGGAGAUACCUGCUAUCCUUGUUUUCGUUGCCAGAAAAGUCAACAGGCAGUGUCUCAGCUGCGUGGAAUGUCUCCCAGCAUAUCUUGAGGGACCAGGAGGUGUAUGGUGUGAUGUUGAUGUUGUUGAGUUCUCUUAUUACGGUGCACCUGCAGCAACCCCAAAGGAAGAACUAUACAAUGAACUUGUGGAAGGGCUCCGGGGUGGUGAUCCUUGCAUUGGAUCUGGGUCUCAGGUGGCAAGUCAAGAGACUUAUGGAACUUUGGGUGCUAUUGUUAAAAGCCGGACUGGGAACCAUCCGGUUGGUUUUCUCACUAAUCGGCAUGUAGCAGUUGAUUUGGAUUAUCCAAGUCAGAAAAUGUUCCAUCCCUUGCCUCCAAGCCUUGGACCAGGAGUGUAUUUGGGUGCGGUAGAGAGAGCGACGUCAUUUAUAACUGAUGAUCUUUGGUAUGGCAUGUUUGCUGGAACCAACCCAGAAACAUUUGUGCGGGCAGAUGGAGCUUUCGUUCCUUUUGCAGACGAUUUUGACUUGUCAAAUGUGACUACUGCCGUCAAAGGCAUAGGUGAGAUUGGUGAUGUGAAUACUAUUGACCUGCAGGCUCCAAUCGGAAGCCUCGUUGGCAGGCAAGUGAUGAAAGUCGGAAGAAGCUCUGGGUUGACCACCGGGACUAUAAUGGCCUAUGCAUUGGAAUAUAAUGAUGUGAAAGGAGUAUGUUUCUUUACUGACUUUCUUGUUGUUGGUGAAAACCAACUGACAUUUGAUCUUGAAGGUGAUAGUGGUAGCCUCAUCCUUUUGACUGGUCAAAACGGAGAGAAGCCUCGACCUGUUGGAAUCAUAUGGGGUGGAACGGCUAAUCGAGGUCGUUUGAAACUGAAAGCCGGCCAACCUCCUGAAAAUUGGACUAGUGGAGUGGACUUGGGACGUCUUCUCGAUCUCCUAGAUGUCGACCUCAUCACAUCCAAUGAAGGUCUUCAAGCUGAACUAAAAGAGCAUAGAAACGGAUUCGAAGGGGUAAUGGGUACCAAGUCAUCUCCCGCCAAGCGAAUUUCCUUGAAAGAGAAAGCCAAUGAGAACUUUGAACCACUUGAUCUAAACGUCCAGCAAGUUCCCAUUGAUAGUAGUGACUCUCAUGGGGGGCUAACUCCAGCACCAGCAAGUCCCCACGUGUUUCACAUCCAGAGAGAAAGUGAAGGGGUUCCAAGCUGUGUCGAGCACCAGUUCAUUGCAAGCGUGUCUAAUGCAUCCCCACCGCAGCAGGUUCACCACCCUGGGGAAAAUGUCGAACUCAAUAACAAUAGUAAUAACAAUAAUCUCUACGCAAUGGGAGACGAAAUUUCAGUUUGUUUGCAGUUAGGUGAACCGGAACCGAAGAGAAUGAAGCAUUCUGAGUCUAAUGUCGCAUCUUGACUCGCGUGGCGGGACCACACUGAAAAAAUUUCAGAGCUUUUCAAAGGGGGACGAAAAAGUUCCCAGGUUUCACAGACAUCGUGACUGUUAAUCUGUUAUCCUCCGAACAGGUAAAAUUGUGAAUGUUUCGGGCUGUAGAUUAGCAUUGCAAAUUAUUUUAAAGCACAGAUUGGGAAUUGUAAUUAUCUUUUAUUCUGUUUAUCUCGAUGUGAUCGUGUUUCCGAUAAAGCUGCCUUGCAGCCUGGAAAUCAUCUCUGGGAGUGAAGAAAAGAAUUAAUUUGCCAUUGUGAGGAAAACUGUGAACUUAUGUCUCCCUUGUCUUUGUAACUUGGAAGUGAACAAAAGGAAUACGUAUCACUCUUGGGUCAUAUUCUCUUCACCUGAUCUGAUUGGUUCUAAUCUAAUGGGAAUAAAUUUUGAUAUGAUCG